CGCUCGGGCGGGCCGUUGGUGCGGAGGCCGCAUGCGCCUUCGGCGGCGGUCGGCAGCGCCCGGGUCCGGCGGCACCAUGAUGUGGUUCGGCGGCUCCAUCCCGGCCGCCAUCGCCGCCGCCAAGCAGCGGAGCUCGGUCUUCGUCGUGUUCGUCUCAGGUGAGGAUGAACAAUCUACUGAGAUGGCUGCAAGGUGGGAAGAUGAGAAGGUGACUGAAGCUGCCUCAGAUGGUUUUGUUGCUAUUAAAAUCGACACCAAAAGCGAAGCAUGCCUGCAGUUUUCUCAAAUUUAUCCUGUAGUGUGUGUUCCAUCGAGUUUUUUUAUAGGAGACAAUGGAAUCCCUUUGGAAGUAAUUGCUGGCAGCGUUUCUGUUGAAGAGCUUGUUACCAGAAUCCGUAAAGUUAAACAGAUGCACACAGUAAAAGGGCAGCCUUUGGAAAAUGCAAGUCAGUCAUCUGCUCCGUGUGCCUCCUGUCCAUCUGACGAUGCUCCAGAAAAUACGCAAUCCAGAGCAGUAGAGUUUUGUGACUCUCCCGAGUCUGUUACAUCUGACUCAAUAAGACCUUCUGCUGAUGGAGCAAAUUCAGGUCAAGCAAGCCAGGAAGCAACUAAUUCUUUAGAUGAACAAGUGAGUGAUGCUCAGCCUGUGAAUGAUCUUGCACUCAAAGUAGAAAGAAUAACAAAAAAGCUUGAAGAAAGACGAGAAGAGAAAAGGAAAGAAGAAGAACAGAAAGAAAUUAAGAAAGAAAUUGAACGGAGAAAAACUGGUAAAGAAAUGUUGGAGUACAAAAGACGACAGGAAGAAGAAUUGACAAAACGUAUGUUAGAGGAAAGGAACAGAGAAAAGGCAGAAGAGAAGGCUGCUAGAGAGCGUAUAAGACAACAGAUUGCAAUGGAUCGUGCUGAGAGAGCAGCUCGCUUUGCAAAAUCGAAGGAAGAAGCAGAAGCUGCAAAAGCUGCAGCUCUUCAGGCUAAACAGGCUGAAAUAGAGGCCAGAAAAGAAGCAUCUCAAAAGGAGCGAAGUGCAAUAGCCAGGAUUCAGUUCCGCCUUCCAGAUGGAUCUUCCUUUACUAACCAGUUCCCAUCUGAAGCACGGCUGGAAGAAGCAAGGCAGUUUGCUGCACAGACAGUUGGUAAUGCUUAUGGCAAUUUUUCACUGGCGACAAUGUUUCCCAGAAGGGAGUUUACCAAAGAAGAUUACGGAAAGAAAUUACUGGAGCUAGAGUUAGCACCCAGUGCUUCAGUAGUGUUGCUGCCGGCGGGAAGACCUGCUAGUUCUGUUGUUCAGGCUUCAGGCGGUGAUCUGUGGAAGUUCUUGGGCACAAUACUUUAUCCCCUCUUAGCUGUUUGGAGAUUUAUUAGCAACUUCCUGUUUACGAGUCCACCUCCCUCACAGUCUACUGUGAGAUCAGCUCAUCAGCAAGACCAUUCAAAUCCUUCCGCAUCUAGCAGCAUUGAGCAAAGCAGGCAAGCCGUCAGGAAACGAGUAGUGGAAAAGCGGGGGGAAGACUUCAAAAAAGAAGGCAAAAUAUAUAGACUGAGGACUCAAGAUGAUGGAGAAGAUGAAAACAAUACUUGGAAUGGAAAUUCUACACAACAAAUGUAGUUUUGAGUAACUGCACUAAUCACUGUCUGGCGCUUCCCCCCCCCCCCCCCCCCCUUCCUUCCCUUACUUGAUCUGAGUCAACUAAAGCUUCUGGACAAGUGGGCCUUACUUUACACUGACUGAAUUACUUAAUUCUUAUUCCUGCAGUGGAGUAUGGAAUAAAGUCACCUAAGUCAGAAAAAUCAAGUGGGUGUAGCUGAGGCCUAGAAGCAAAGAGUUAAAAAGAAACUGAAAAUCUCUCUCAGCUUUCAUAAUCAUUACCCUUCUGCCAUAGAAAGGCACUUUUUAAACUAUAAAUAUUCUGCUACAUCAAUUUAAGGGCCAGAUAUUAAUAUAAAGGUCAUGGUAGGUGAUGACUGAUUAAAAUGAGGGUUUCAGAAGCACUAUAAUUAGCAAAUCAGGUAACUAAUUUAUGUUUAACUUUUUUCUUGCUUCUGCAACUGCAAGCAAAACCUUGUACUUUUUAAUUCCCCAAGCACUCAAUAAACUAUUUUCCAGAAAACA